AUGGUGUAUACGGAAGAAUAUAUUAAAGAUAAACUGAUCAAGGAGCUGGACGCCGUUCAUGUCGAAGUUGUAGAUGACAGCGACGGUUGUGGAGCUAAAUUUUCAGUUGUAGUUGUUUCUGAUAAGUUCCAAGGAAAGCCGCUUUUGGCGAGGCACAAACUUGUAAACUCAGUGCUCCAAGAGGAACUGAAGACGAUACACGCGUUCAGCCAGAAAACGCUCACGGUCGAACAAUGGAACAAGUGA